AUGGUUGCUAGUUGGAUGUUCGCUGCCACAAGGCAAUUCGAUCCCUUCAUGUUUGUUAUGGUCAUGGGUGUCGGCAUUUCAGCAAAUAUUCUAUAUAGUUUCCCCUAUCCCGCAAGAUGGCUAAGAAUAUGCUCAUAUAUCAUGUUUGCUAUCACAUGUCUUAUUUUUAUUGCUGUACAGGCAUUACAACUCUUACAUUUGAUUGUCUAUAUUAAGGAGAAAAGUUUCAGAGAGUAUUUUAAUGAUUUUUUUAGGAAUAUGAAGCACAACUUAUUCUGGGGUACUUAUCCCAUGGGCCUAGUCACAAUUAUAAAUUUUUUAGCCACACUAUCGAAAGAGUAUACUAAGAGUAGUCCUAUGGCUUCCAGGAACUUAAUGAUAUUUGUUUACGUCCUAUGGUGGUAUGAUCUCGCAGUUUGUUUGGUAACUGCCUGGGGUAUCUCAUUCCUUAUCUGGCAUGACUACUAUUCUUUGGAAGGAAUUGGAAAUUACCCUUCAUAUAAUAUCAGAAUGGCAUCUGAGAACAUGAAGAGUAUAUUACUGUUAGAUAUUAUUCCUCUGGUCGUCGUCGCUUCGAGUUGUGGAACAUUCACGAUGUCAGAAAUAUUCGGCAUUACUUUUAAUAGAAACAUUCAGCUCAUAACAUUGAUCAUAUGUGCUUUGACUUGGCUACAUGCCAUUAUCUUCGUUUUCAUACUGAUUACAAUAUACUUCUGGAGUCUUUAUAUUAAUAAGAUCCCCCCGAUGACGCAGGUUUUUACCUUGUUCCUGCUCUUGGGACCAAUGGGUCAGGGAAGUUUUGGGGUUUUGUUACUUAGUGACAAUAUAAAAGAAUAUGUAGGCAAAUAUUACCCAACAGAUAACAUUACUAGAGAAGAGGAAAUAUUGACUAUUGUGGUCCCAUGGUGCUUCAAAGUUCUGGGUAUGAUUUCUGCUAUGGCAUUGCUUGCUAUGGGCUAUUUUUUUACUGUCAUUUCCAUUGUAUCGAUUCUAUCGUAUUACAAUGAAAGAGAAACUGAAAAUGAGACGGGAAAGGUAAGAAGAGUUUACACCUUCCAUAAAGGAUUUUGGGGGAUGACUUUUCCGAUGGGAACUAUGUCUUUGGGGAAUGAGGAGUUGUAUGUGCAAUAUAAUCAGUACGUUCCACUAUACGCAUUCAGAGUCCUAGCUACGAUAUAUGGCGGUAUUUGCGUUUGUUGGACAAUUUUAUGUCUUUCGUGUACAUUGUAUGAGUACACAAAAAAAGCACUUCAUGCUGCCCAUAAAUCCUCACUAUUCUCAGAAGCAGGUACGGAGAAGACGUUCACCUCUCCAUAUAAUAGUACUGAAAGUGUGGAAGAAUCGAAUUCGGCUCUAGAUUUUACGCGUUUGGCUUAA